CCGGGCCGCCCGCCCUCCCCUCCGCCCUCCCCUCCGCCGCCGCCGCCUCCCCGGAGCCUGCGGGCGGCGCCGAGGCCGAGGAGCGCUCGCUGCAGCAGAUGCUGCGCGCCAUAGCGGAGGAGCGCAGCCUCCUCAGCCUGCGUCGCGAGGUCUGCGGCCUCGGGUGCUUCAAAGAUGACCGCAUCGUCUUCUGGACUUGGAUGUUCUCCACCUACUUCAUGGAGAAAUGGGCACUGCGGCAGGAUGACAUGCUGUUCUACGUGCGCCGGAAGCUGGCACGUGCGGGCAGUGAGAGCAGCUCUGACGGGCGGAAGCCAGCUGAGCCCGAAUCUGCGGCGGUGGAGGUGGAGGUGUACCGGCGGGACUCCAAGAAGCUGCCGGGCCUCGGGGACCCUGACAUUGACUGGGAGGAGAGUGUCUGCCUGAAUCUCAUCCUGCAGAAGCUGGACUACAUGGUGACCUGCGCUGUGUGCACGCGCACUGAUGGGGGGGACAUCCACAUCCACAGGAAGAAAUCCCAGCAAGUGUUCGCAUCCCCCAGCAAACACCCCAUGGACAGCAAGGGGGAGGAGUCCAAGAUCAGCUACCCUGACAUCUUCUUCAUGAUUGACAGCUUCGAGGAGGUCUUCAGCGACAUGACAGUGGGAGAAGGAGAGAUGGUCUGUGUGGAGCUGGUGGCCAGUGACAAGACCAACACGUUCCAGGGGGUCAUCUUUCAGGGCUCCAUCCGCUAUGAAGCGCUUAAGAAGGUGUAUGACAACCGAGUGAGUGUAGCUGCCCGUAUGGCACAGAAGAUGUCAUUUGGCUUCUACAAGUACAACAACAUGGAGUUUGUGCGCAUGAAGGGGCCACAAGGAAAGGGCCAUGCUGAGAUGGCAGUCAGCCGUGUGUCCACAGGUGACACGUCCCCCUGCGGGACUGAAGAGGAUUCCAGCCCAGCUUCACCCAUGCAUGAGCGGGUGACCUCCUUCAGCACCCCCCCAACUCCAGAGCGGAACAACCGGCCUACCUUCUUCUCCCCGUCCCUCAAAAGGAAGGUGCCCCGGAACAGGAUCACCGAGAUGAAGAAGUCCCACUCUGCCAAUGACAGUGAGGAGUUCUUCCGGGAGGACAGCAGUGGAGCCCAUCUGCACAAUGCCACCAACCUGCGGUCUCGGUCCCUGUCUGGCACGGGGCGAUCCCUGGUGGGGUCCUGGCUGAAGCUGAACAGAGCGGAUGGAAAUUUCCUUCUCUAUGCACACUUAACCUACGUCACUUUGCCGCUGCAUCGGAUUCUAACAGACAUCCUAGAAGUACGGCAGAAGCCCAUCCUGAUGACCUAGCCGUGUGCGGAGCCCGCGCCGAGCCCCCAGCCCUGCCCGGCCCUGGGAGUGCUGCCAAGUGCCUACCUGUCCACCGCCACCGGGGUCUUCUGUGACAACCCAGCGCCGGAGCUGGAGCCAGGCGGGGCCACUCGACUCCCGGGGCCAGGGCCCACGCCACGAACACCAGCCCAAACUGAAGUGCCUCUUUCUCCUCCCCUGCUGGCUCUGCUCCUGCCCCUGCGCCCACCGCCCCCACCCAUCACCCCCCAGCCCCUCUCUGGAGAGCCCUCUGCACCCAAGGAGGACCAGAGACACCAAGAGGCCGUAAGAGAGAGCACAGGAGCAGCCGAGUCCAGAGUGUGUCCAUACCUACUGACCUGAGGUUCACGUCCCGGCAGGCAGCAGGGGGAAGCCACCUGGUGGGCAGCACUCAGUGUGCCCACCUGUCAGCCCUUUCUUAAGGAAACCUGGUGUAAGGUUUUGUGCUGCUGUAUUAGGGAUCUUCAGCAUCCGAGUUAGUCCUGACUCGUUCAUCCCUUUACCCCCGGGGGAUGAAUGGGUCACCAUGGGGAGGUGGGAGCAUGGCUCUUUGAUGGUUUUGUCCUGGGCUGGGACUACCUCACCCCAUGCUCGGUUCCAGAAGGGCCUCAAGCUGAGCAGACAGGCCUAAUCCUGCCAGAAUGGCCUUUGCUUCCCGCCAAAGAGCACCACCCACACAUGCACCUCCAGCUUGGAGACAUCCCGCUCCGCACCUCGGCUGGCACGACCCGUAGGAUCGGACUGUGAGGGCAGGUGGGAAGGCUCGGUAGCCACGUAGAAGACAAAACCUCUGCCAGAGGCAGAUAGACAAUGUGGGGUGGGGUUAGCAUCCUCCCAGGAAGGUUCUGGGUAGGACCCCUAUCUGCUCGGGCUUGGGGAGGGGAUUGGGUGUUCCAUCUCCCCUGGCUUCCUGGAGCUUACUGCCUUUGGGUGAGUGUGCUGGUCCCAUUUCUCAGACCAACUCACUGAGGCAAAGAGGGACUGGCUUCCACACUGCUGGCCUAGUCGGUCUGUGGAGGCCUGUCCAGCCACAUGCCUGCGGCAGCUUUGUCCCCACUGGGAUUUCCAUCUGUGAGGACACGUGCUCUUUUCAAGAGCAGAAGCGUUUCCCCUACCCACUGGGAACAAACGGGAAGCUGGGUCACUAUUGCUGUGCUGUUCUGUUUGAAGUCCCCAGGAAUAUUUGAAGUGUUUCUGCUGUGCAUUUAGAGAUCCUCUGUGAGGGGAGAGAAGGAAUUGGAGGGCUUGUUCUCCGUCUGGUUUUAUUCUGUGUGCUCCAAGGGUCUGUGCUGGGCUCUGGGAACAGGGGACUACUCUGGGGCUUUCUCUAGAUUUUGUAUGCUAUUAUUAAAGCGAGCUAUUGCAUUUCAUUCUGCCUCAGUUUGCCCACCUGUAAAAUGGGGCUGAUACCACCUACCUCACUGAAGUCUCCAGGGUUCCCGUGCACGGCCGGGUCAGGGCACGCUCGCCAGCCAUUCUCCAGAGCUCGGGUCGGGAGUUAGACUGUUGGGGUGUUUACUGACCCCAGUCACCCAGCCCAAAAAGACGUGUGCCGGGGUUAGUUUGAACGUUCUCAGAUUCUCCAGCAGUGCUCAGCAGCUUGUGCUCAGCUGUAUCUCAGCCCUCUGCAUGAUGUCACCUUCCAGAGCAGUGUCUUAGGGCAGCACAGAGUCAGAUCUUACCCCAGAGCGUUGGAGCAGAGCCUCGGGGAGCUGUGUGCAUUUGCGUGUUCUCCCGGGAGCCAGACGCUGCCCCCAAGUCUGAAGGUGGCUAAAGCACACAGCUUUUUCUCCAGAACUUUUUUCCUCUGGUCAUCUGGGGUCUGCAGACUCUGGAACGCAAGGUGGGAGGCGUGGAGCGCGACAUGUCUUCCAAGGAAGGAUGGGAGCUUCGCGGGCCUCCCUCUGCUGUGCAGUGGGGGCACGAGGGCCUCCUCACUGGAGCCAGAGGCUGGCCACGCGCUGGGGCCCAGCCACCGCUCCUGCCGGGGCACUGCGUGAGUCAGGCUCCUUCUCUGAGAAGACAUGCCUAUGCUGUGCCAAACUCGCGGGGUCACUGAGGGCCAGUAGCAGUAGCGUGUGAAGGUGCAGAUCUGUGUGCUCCAGUGGUACUUUAGAGACCACCACAGCCUUGUGACGCAUGUAACCGCUGCACACAGUGGCCUGGUGGUGGGUAUUCUGCACCUUGGCAGCACUUAGGAUGUGCAGGCCCUGUGCUAAAUGUUCGGGUCCUGUCAUCCUCUCUAUCUCACAGGUGAGGAGACUGAAUGGCAGGCAGUGACAGCAGGCAUCCAGCCCAGCCCCUGGCCCCAGGCCCCAGCCCCCAGAGCCAUGGGGAUGUGCUGUUCCCCUGGGCAAGUGUUGGGUGGAGUCGACCUUUCUCAGUCUUUAAGUCCUCGGAAGGGUACUUCUGAUACUGAAUUUAAGCCAUGCCUAGAGGCACUUGGUAACUAGACAGCUGUUAGCCCGUCAUUGAAGUUGGUUUUUUCAAAGUGACAGAUGAUAUCAGUAAUGCAUGACGGCCCGGGACCAGGGUCCUGCUGCGUCCUGGUGUUGCUGCAGUUUUACUUUCUGUAUGGCUUUCUGUAAUUUUUAUGGGAGCAUGCCUGUCUCGUAUAAUGCAGGGAUGGCCAAAGCAUGCAUAUGUUUCUUAUGUGGGAACUUGAAUUAAGUAGUUUUCCUUUGAAGAAACUGAGGUGUCACAUUUUUGGACGUUAAUAAGAAAGUUGUCUUUUUUCUUUUUCUUUCUUUUUUUUUUUUUUUAAAUGUCAUGGCCCUAGAGGCUGAUGAGUGGUGCAUCGUAUCCAUCCCCAUCUCUUUUCAGCCCCUGGAAGUUCCAGUAGUGUCCCUCCCAUGUUCUGAUACCUUCCGGGAACACCCAGUCACCUAUAAAAACAGGCAAAGCAAGUUAUCUUGAAGGAGAAUAUUAUUUAAAACAUAGGUAAUAGAGGAGUGGUCAAAAGAACCAAGAGAAGCAAGCUUCUCUAUGGUCCAGUCAGCUUGGAGAUGGGGUGGGAUUUCCGUGGGUCACGUGCUGGCUGACGUUUGGACUCUUCAGGGACUCUGAACAAAUGGGAAGUCAGGUUUCUAGCUACAUGAAAUAAUGACAGUAAUGGCAUAAAGGGAUGCUCCUAACAAGAUUUUUUUCAAAAGAAUCUAGCUAGACUCAAAAAGGGAUCUUUUUUUGAUGUUUAAUCACAAAUAAACUAAUUAGUAGACUAGUGGAAGAAUGAAGUAAAAACUUUUUUUCCCAUUCCAGGGGGAAGGCCUUCUGCAGUUGGUAUGUUCUGACUGACUUGGAACAUUCGUUUGACAGUGUCAUAAUCUAGUGGUUUUAAAUCAUUGGCCAAAAUUCUUGGAAGACUUAACAUACUGAAAAUCUGCCAACUUUCUUAUGAGCCCUAAGAGGUUUCACUUCGGUAUAUAAUCUGUUCAGUUUUUCUGUAUAUUUUUUGUGCGGUUGGUAUAUAUUCUGUUCAGUUUAGUUGCAAUUUACUUUCGUAUCGUUUCAAAAACCAAGUAGCUUUUGACAUUACAUUGGUCCUUCCUGUUCAGGCUUCCUUAUCUUUGUUUCAAAAAGCGGAGUCCUAUUUAAAAAAUAACGUCCCUUAAAGACUCUAAGGGAUGGAAAUACAAGUGCCGGCGCCACGGGUGAAACUUGAACAGAAGUAGCCCAUGCAGGUGUCGCGGCAGCCCCCACAGGAGGCGCAGGUGGCCAGGCUCCCCGCCACCUCGGCCGGUGACCCCGCGGUCAGUGAGGGGCUCUAACCUUUGUUCCGUGUCACUGACGGCCAUGGCCCUGACAUGACCUUCAGUGGAAAAGGAACCCUCUGGCCCGUCCUCUGGGCCCCUGGGCCACACAGCCUGGAGAGCUCCUUGGGGCACCACACACCGGAGCCGAACCACUUGAACACCGGGUGGCCUGGGGGUUGGGUUCAGAGUUCACGCGGGUGGACCUCAGAAAGGGAGGAAGCCCCCAGACGUGCGGAAAGAGUUCGUGUUUACAGUUUUCUACUAUUCCCAAGGCACGAAGGCAUUUUCAUUGUGCGGAGCCAGCUUGUGCUGAGUGGGUCAGAAGUGACGCGGCGCUCCAGGCCUGCUGAGCGGCCCCUGCCCCCCCUUCCUUCUCCCCUUUACCUUCCGUGCCCCACUCUGGAGAAGGUCUGCCAGUCUUAUUAGAUGUGAACAGCAAUCUUUUAUGGUUCCAAAUGAAUUCUAUGUCUGAGAAUAAAUCUGCAAAGAAAACCUGUUGAGAGGUUUCAGUACUUGGAGGCUCAACUGAAGAAAUUUCUGCAAAAUACAAUUUAGCAAAAACACCAUGAUGGCAUACAUUGAAUAUAUUAGGAUCCAGUCAUCAGUGAUAUUUCCAUAAAUAUUAGCAGCUUCUGGAUGAACCGUCUUCCACAGGCAGCAGAAUUCAUUUCUCAGCAGUAUUUGUGUUUGGCUGUUAGCUCAGCUUUGAUUUUGCCUUUCAAAAGUUGAUUUGCAUGUUGGAUAUUAAAUUUGUUUUUAUUGUUUUCCUCUAAUGAAUCUGUACUUAUUUUUUUCUCUAAUGGGUAUUUCAGAUUAAAUACUCUACAGGUAUUACAGCAAUGCAGUACUUAGUGAUUGAACCUUAAUACGCCCCCAGCAGUACCUUAAACUCCACAGUUGCAGCUUUUGCACAAGUUAUUUUUUUGAAAUGGAGACUGGCAGAAAUGACCCACUGGCCUGGCUGUGGCAGUCCUGGGAAUCAACGGGGUCAGGGGACCAGUGUCAUGGUUUGGCCAGAUGCUGUAUUUGCAAAAUUGAAUCCCAAGAGGGCUGGCUUCAGGGUUAGUGCUUAGCCCCAUAAAGUAGUAUAUGCCUUCUCUGUUGUACUAUAAAAUUUCCCAAGCUUUUUCUAGAGAACCCCUUAAAAGCCCUCAGAAAUGGAAAAACUAGAAAAAAAGUCAGGAGUCCUGAGUUCAGGUUUGGGCAGGCUCCCAAGCAAGCUGUUCUUCUGGAAGGUGGUUUUGGACUGUGGCUCUCAGCUGCCAUGCGGCCCUGCAGUUAAACAAGCUGAUGUUGAGCACGUUUGCACAUUUGCAGGCUGACUAUGGGAGCUAUUGCAGGUUCACCAUAGGUGGGUGCAGCUGUGGGAUCCUCUCAGGUGGACGUAGCCCCGGGGUCCUCAAGCACUGAACCGUUCUUUCCACGAUAUAUGAAUUCUAAGUUCUGUCACAGGUAAUGGACAUUAAGUAAGGCCUAGGACUGCGGAAUGUCAUGGAACCAAAAAUGAGUGAACAAGUAAAAAGAGGGGUCUAAGGGAACACAUACACAAAUCUAGAUGUAGGGUCGGGCUAUCACAGCAUGACUCGGAAACGGUCAUGGCAUUAGAAAUAUCCGAGCCAGAGUUUUCUGGCCCAGCCUCGUUGAGGGCAGACUGUACAAGUGGUGGUUAUGAAGGAAGCAGUUUAUUAGGCCAAAAAGACAAAUUUCUUCCAUCCAGAUCGAACCCCCUUGUUAAGGAGGAGGUCCUCCUAAGACAGUCACCUGGAACAUAGGAGAUACUGGGGUUGGAAGUAUCCCAGAAGCUUCCUGCAAUAACAGUUUAUUAAUUGUUCACUGUUGAAGGCUAACAUUUGUUUUAGUUCCUUUGUUCUGACCUAGAUGAAAAUUCAGGAGCUACUGUUACACCCUAGCUUAGAAGGAGAUGUUGACUGGAAGGGAAAAGCCUUUGGGAUUUUAUGCCGGGAGGAGGGGGAUGUAAAAUAGCUUACUCCACAGUGACAAGGUUCGUUGUAUAGAUACACGUUGUAUAAACAUGCUGUGCUUUGUGCUUGCCUGUUAAAAUGGCAGAAUAGUUGCAAAAUUUAUACGAGAAGGGGAAAUGUUUUGGGCAAUGAUAAAACAAAAGGUGUCUUCUCUCGCUCACAGCUUCACCGAACUCCGUCCUGCCUUGGCCUCUACAUAAACCAAUGAGUUUCCCAAGAUAUUUCUUUUUCUGUAUGUGGAUUAAAGGACUUUCAUCUUGGAAUCUGCCUUUAAUGAAAAAUUAGAUUGCUCGAUUUUUAAAAAAACAUGUUUUCUAGAGAACUUUAAUGAUUAUAUUUUGAAUAAACAAUUUUGUUCAAAAGAUUUUAUCCCAUUCCAGAGAGCAGUGAGGCUUAGUCCAUCAGUGGCACAGGCAGACCUCAGGUGGCCCCGGAGCGGCCCGUGACCUCUGCCCUGACUGCGUCUCCUCAGACACACACCAUGGAUCCCAGGCCUGGGUUUUCUCAACCGUAAGGUGUAAUCACCACCACCUUCCCAGGCGCAGAGGCUGAAGGGAGACGUGUAUGUCCAAAGGCUGGCAUAGUUCCUGGUACCGUGAUAUCAUUUCCCCCAGAAAUGUGCCAAAGGGGUAUUCCAGGGGUCACCCCUAAACAAGUCAUCGGGGAGCACAGCUGUAGCCCAGUUCUUUGAUUUGAGCGUGUAUCAGUCACCUGGAACAGUCAGGUGGCUGGUCAUGAAACUACUCUGGAUUGUGAUGGUUGCACAGCUCUGUGAAUGUUGUAAAAAUGCCUGAAUUGUACUUGAAAAGGGUGAAUUUAUGGCAUAUGGAUUAUAGCUCAAUAAAAACAAAACGACAAACACGGGCCCCA